AUGCCACCAAAGCAUGAAAAAUGUGUGAACCAUUAUGACGAUUGGGAUUCCACCGUUCAUUGUUCAUUUCAAAAUGUUUUCACUAGUGACACUGCACAUCUUGUCGGAGGUAAUAUUCAGAAGAUUCUGGGUAUAACUCACUUCAAACCACGAGAAAUGGCUUCUCAAUCUCCAUUGCCGUAUGAUUUUACAUGUAAACGGGAAGAAGCAAAUAAAAUUCGUGAUGAAUUAGUCACGAUAACAACGGACUCGCAUCGACACAUCUGGUUUUCCAUGCAAACUGAUCCAUUUCAUUAUAUUCACAAUCGUCAUUCAAUGAAUAACGAUAAUCAAGUGAAAACCAACGAUUAUUCCGUCUAUUGCCAUUUUGGUUCGAUGUAUUCAUGGAGUACAUUCACUAUUCACAGCGAAGAUCAUCCUUCUAUACAAGAAAUUCGCAUUUUGAAAUGGCAACAUGAACCGGAAACCAUACGGAUCAUGUCGAAGGAUAAAUCCAGGCAAAUGUUCAUUCCAGUGAGAGGGAUACAUAAGUCUAUACUUGUCAAUCUCAAAGGCCGUCCUUGCGUUGUUUUGAUGUUAAAACAUGCAGUGACAAUGAAAAGGCAAUUUACGAGUAACGGAAAAGAUAUCACUGAAAGAGUGUGCGCGUCCGAUAGUGAUGGUUUCACAAAAAUUCUAGGAAAAAGUUCGGAUAUUUUGUUAUCGUUCAAUGAUCCUGCGCAUACGUACGCAUUUCUUGAGGAAUUAACCGCAGAAACCGAUGAAUAUCAUGACAAAUUUACCAUCAAUUUCGUGACGCUCGAAUGUAAGAAGUUUAAUAAAUCGGGUAACCCGCUCCACUUACCAUCAUCUGCGCCAUAUAAACAUCAUUACGCGUUGAACAUGCUUUUCUCUAUGGGUUACGUGUUUAGUGACAAAUAUUCUCAAAAACUCCAUCACCAAUUUUCCCAAUUCAAUCAUGAAUUAUUCAACAACUUGUGUUACUAUCUGAAAGAUAAACUCAACGAAAAUCAUUGUUAUCAUAUAGGAAGAGUUUUUGACGAUUUUACUGCUUAUUGGAAAGGAAAGUGUCCAGAAAAAAAGAAUUCUCCAGUGGAAUUAUUACCUUAUUCUGUUGGUUGCAUACUCAUCACACCAUUGCGAAUUCUCUACGAGCGAAUGGAAGCGACCAUGGGUAAUCGCGCAAUACGUAUGACAUCACUAGGCGGUCCCGAUAUGUUUGUAUUAGUCCACAUUCGUGACGAAGAUGGUAGCAAAUUAAGAAGCUUCGGUCGAGCCAUGAAAAGUCGAUUGAAAGACAAGAUGUUGAACGGUAUCCAAGUUGUUGACAAGAGCUAUCGUCUGUUUGGUACAUCGACAAGCCAACUGAAGGAAAUGUCCUUUUGGUUUCUUGCCAAUGAAACGAAAACGAUCGAAGAGGGAUGGCGAGAAUUAGGAGAUUUUUCGGCAAUCAAAAACGUCGCAAAUUACAUUGCACGAAUUGGGCUUUACUUUUCCAGUUCACGGCGAACAGGAAUUGAGUUUAAAUUCGUUGACGAAAGAAGAUUCUCUCCAGAUCAAAAGUUGGUCGCAACAAGAAUUCCAGACGUGAAAACCAACGACAACAAAUACUGUUUCACUGAUGGUAUUGGCACAAUGUCUUGGGGUGUUGCCGGAUUAAUUGCAGUAAAAUUAAAUAUUCAAUUGCGAAGAAGAGAGGAUGUUCCGUCAGCUUAUCAAGUUCGAAUUGCUGGUUGCAAAGGCAUGUUAGCCAUCGAGCCGGGGUCCAGAUUCGAUCAGUAUUUUAUUAAAGUACGUCCAUCUAUGGAAAAAUUUGAUUCACCCGAUUGGAAUUUGGAAAUAUGUGAAUAUAGCAAACCAUUACCGUUGAAAUUGAAUAAUCAAGUGAUUAUGUUACUGUCGGAUUUGGGUAAUCGAUAUGAUAAGUUCGAAUCGUAUCAAAAUCAAGCGUUAACCAAUUCUGGCCAAUUAAAUGAACACGAAGAAUUGAGAAAAGUCCGGUAUUCCAAUACAACCGAUGAUUUGUUGAAGAACAAUAUACCUUUGCCAUUGAAUGAAGCACGAUAUAUGUUCGGGGUUGUUGAUGAAACGAAAACGCUAAAGUAUGGGCAGGUUUUUAUUCAGUACAAAGAUUUUGAUUCUUCUGAUGAGAGUACUUACGUGGUUGUAACGGGCGAUGUUUUAGUUGCUAAAAUGCCUUGUUUAUAUCCGGGUGAUUUUCGACGACUGACCGCUGUUGAUCUUCCUGAAUUGAGAAAAUGCAUACGCGAUUGUAUUGUUUUUCCGCAAGUAGGUUCGCGACCACAUCCAAGUGAAAUGUCAGGAUCAGAUUUGGACGGUGAUCAAUACUGGGUUUAUUGGGGUAAAUUAUUCAAAAUUAGAAAUAUGGAUGAGCCAUUGUCGUAUGAAGCAGCAACGAAAGCGAUUGUACCAAAUAUCACCCGACAAAUAGUCGUUGAUCAUAUUGUUGACUCGUUUGGCGCGGCAUCUCAAGGAAUUAUCUGUGAUGUGCAUCUAGCGUGUGCUGACUAUCAUGAAAAGCAUACAAGAUCCGAUGACUGUAAAUAUUUGGCUGAACUAUUUGCGCGCGCUGUUGAUGCACCGAAAACCGGCGAACAGAUUAAUCUAGAUCGAGUUUACGAAAUAGAAGCUGCACUUCCGAACGAAUAUCCAUUAUUUAUGAAAAAAUUCGAUAAAAAAGUGCGUCCAUCAGAUAGUACGCCCAAUAAGCUAUACGAAAGAGCGAAACAGCAUUUCUUUUCAAGACACCGUCCAUCACACGCGCCACGAUCGUCAUCGACCGCACGCAGAGCACCUUCGAAACAGCAGAAAACAAACACCAAUUCGCAAGACACAGAAUUCGAACAAUGGCUUACUUCGCAAGGUAUUCAAGCAAAAUCUACUGUAGAAAAGCCAUGCACAACUACGGAACUUACUUCAGACUCCGACACUGCCAGAGAUGCGUCACGUAAACCAAGAAUCACGGCAAAGCCAUCGGCCAAUUCUCAAUCUAUAGAAGCAUUGCCAAAUCUAGUUGGCAAACUAUCUAGAAAAUCAAGACCGAAAAACGUGCCAAUGGACGAGCGACGACCAUCAGCGGAUUCGCAAACCUCAGCGAUGUCUUUGGAUCAUGAACCUUCUACUAAACCUAAACCAGAAAAACGCAGCGGCAGUAAGCACCGAAGACCGGCUUCGAGAUCUGCAUCGGUUGACUCAAGAUCAAAAGUGACAGAAGAAAAGAACUCGAAUGCAACAGCAAAAGAGCCAAACCCUCAAAUAAAAUUGAUUAACACUGCUGCACCAGCUGCUACUUCAUUAGCUUCAUCGACAAUGUCAUCCUUCUCUGACAACAACGCUAAUUGGAAUAUUAUCUUCAAUCGUAUGAAAACAACAGCCGGUCGCGUCAAAUGGAAUAUAUCGUCCAAUGGCUACUUCACUGUUGAUCUCGAUGGAAACAGUUCUUCUGAAAAUAAUGCUACCGACAAAUUAGUUUCAUCGCUAUCUGAAUUCGGUAAAAAGUCUUCACUGCCUGAAAAUGCUCAACUAAUGCUUACUAUUUCAUCGGGCCAACUUUUUCUCAAGCCUUCUCCAACAAUGACUGAUAUAAAAGCAAAAAAUAUCAAAGAACUGAACCAACUCAUCGUCGACAAUCAUGUUGAAUAUGUUUUCGAAGAAAAUGACGUGAAAACGAUUACGAAAGAACGAGAGCCAACGAAAAAGUCAGUAGCAAAGUACGUGCUUGUUUGCUCUUGUUAUGACAUCGCACCAAAUAAAACUUCGUUGAUCUUUGAUGACAAGAAGAAAUUAAUAAAAUUUAUGUUCGUUUCAACAGAAUGGGCUCGUGUUGUCCGAGGUGGCGAAGAACGUCAUGAUGGAUUGUAUAAGAUCUAUGAAACAGAGAUGGAAAUCGAUUCUAAACAUGAACUAUUCCCUCAAUAUGUAAAUUCAAUAUUUAAAAACUCGAAAGAAACGGAUCUUCUUAGUGGAACUAGUCCACGCCUUACGAUUGCAAUGGAUUUGCUGCGUCCUUCAGUGCAAAUUAUCUUGUUCAAACGAAUGGUUCGUUAUGAAUUUGGUCCUUUGGAGCAACAGAAAUCUUCUCUUUUUCGAUUCGAUACGUUGAGCAACGUGCAAUCGGCAUUUUAUCAAGUCACAUACAUCGGCACGGAAAAGGUCAAUGGGAAAGUUCCAAUACGUGAAACGAUCGAAUUUCAUGCCACGCAAUUUCAAAUUACCAAGAAAUGCGAACAAGAUUUGAAACAAUUGCUGACAUUACCCGAAGAAUUCUUUGACUGA